UCUGCAGUCCACUUUUCAAUCCUUCGCUGGAACAUGUCGGAAGAUCAGGCUGACUUUCUACAAGGAAAUCCCGAGCUGAACAAGCUACCCGACCAUUGUCCGGUGGUAGCACAAGCCAUUGCAAUAAUAAGGCAGAGAGCGGAGGCUGACAGCAGUCACUGGCCCCUGGGACUGUCCGAUGAUUUCUUGCUGAGGUUCCUGCGAGCGAGGGACUUCUGUAUGGAUCAAUCAUACAAGUUAUUGAAAAACUACCACAGGUGGAGGAAGGAAUGUCCAGAGAUUACUGCAGACCUGAAGCCAUCUCCUCUCCUUAACUUGUACAACACUGGCUACCAUGCAGUCCUAAGCUCAAGAGAUGCAUAUGGCAGCAAAGUUCUCAUUUACAGGAUUGAUAAGUGGGACACAAAGGAAUUUACUGCAUAUGAAGUGUUUCGAGUAAGCUUGAUCACCUCAGAGCUUUUAGCGAAGGAUGCAGAGACACAACGGAAUGGAAUUAAGGCUAUAUUUGACCUGGAAGGAUUCAGACUGGCCCAUGCAUUUCAAGUCACCCCAACUUUGGCCAGAAGAAUUGCUGCAGUUAUGACAGACUCUUUCCCUCUUAAAGUUCGUGGAAUACACCUAAUAAAUGAGCCUUUAUUCUUCCACCCAGUAUAUGCCUUAAUCAGGCCAUUUCUACCUGACAAGAUCAAGGAACGGAUUCAUAUGCAUGGAAGCUACUACGUACCAACUCUUCACCAGCACUUUUCCGAGGAUAUCCUACCUCCAGAAUAUGGUGGAACAGGACCCCCAAUGAUGGAAGUCUGCAAAGAAUGGACCGAUUACAUCAUGAAUUCUGAAGAUUACCUGCUCAGUAUAUCGGAAAACGUAUAACUCUGGAUAUUGCACUGUGCAUAUGGCAGUCCCUGUGGGAAAAUAAGCUAGUUAUAUAUUUACUGUGAUUAGUAAUAUUCAUUUGGCUUUAAUUAAAAGCUGUGCUUAUGGAAUGGUAAGAGAAUAUGGU